UUGCAAAGAUUAGAUUUAUAUUUUCUGUAUAUAUUUAUUAAAAAUGAGAUUCUCGCAGAAGCUUGGAACAUUUUUGACACCAGAAUGGCGCAGUCAAUACAUCAACUAUGAGCUCCUAAAAGAGAUGCUCACGUCAGCCGUUGAGAAUGCGCCGACCGAUCAAUCAGACCUUCGGGCAGUUCAAUCAUACUAUGCGAUCUUCGAUGACAGAUUCUUCGAGCGUUGCGACAUGGAAUUGCAGAAAGUCAACACAUUCUAUGCUGAGAAAUUGGCCGAAGCUAAACGGAAGCACGCUGCCUUGAAAACGGAGCUAAAAAAAUCGCUGAAUGCAGCCGAACAACGAGGACGUAUUUCGAUUAUAGAUUUCUCAACGAUACUGCCGCGACGCAAGGCAAAAGAUUUUCGUUUUGCCUUCAGUGAGCUGUAUCUUGGCUUGGUGUUGUUACAAAACUAUCAAUCGCUGAAUCACACGGGAUUUAGAAAGAUACUGAAGAAACACGAUAAGUUACUGCGCAACCCCAAAGGUAAGCAGUUUUUCAAUUCAAAUGUCAACUCUAGUUUUUUCUAUACCAAUCGCGAGAUAAUGAAUUUAAUACACGACACCGAGGAUGUUGUGACCAAUAAUUUGGAGGGUGGCGAUCGACAACGUGCCAUGAAACGCUUACGCGUACCACCACUCGAAGAAAUACAUCACCCUUGGACUUCCUUUCGCGUCGGCCUCUAUAUGGGAGCACUAGUCGUUUUAAUUUCUGCACUGCUCAUUUCAUGUAGCCUCUCAGAAUUGGGCACAAGCGAUUGGGAUGUCACCAUUCGUCUUUUUCGUGGUCCCUACUCCAUAGCUAUGUAUCUCGCAUUAAUCAGUAUUAACAUUCACGGUUGGCGCAAAGCGGGUGUUAAUCAUGUGCUCAUUUUCGAAUUGGAUCCGCGUCAAUAUCUGACGGCGGCACAUGUAAUGGAAAUGGCUGUCGGUCUGGCGGUAGUCGUUACAAUCACUAUGAUUGCGUACAUAAAUGCCAGCUACCUGCACAUACCACGUUAUGUUUUUCCUUUGGCGCUCUUGAUUGCUGUGUUUACUUUCCUAAUCAAUCCCAUGCCGAUAUGCAAUUACUCUGCACGCAAAUGGUUUCUUAAAGUACUGGGUCGCGUUAUGGCGGCGCCAUUUUUCCAUGUAGGCUUUGCAGACUUUUGGCUCGGCGAUCAACUCAACUCACUCUCUUACUGCCUUGUGGAUUAUGCGUAUACGGUAUGUUUCUAUUGCACAAAUUUUGAUAUGGACGUUGCUCUGGAACCGCAUUCGUGCUUGGGCCGCAAUCAAGUGCUCUUCCCGGUGGUGCUGGUGCUGCCUGCUUGGUUUCGUUUAGCUCAGUGCUUGAGACGUUAUCGUGACACAAAUCAGUAUUUUCCGUUCAUCGUGAAUGCGGGCAAGUACUCGAUGUCGUUUGUUGUGGCCUUGUUCGGGUUUCUCAUGGCCGGCACGCGUUACUCAUAUGAAUACUUCUUCGAUAAUCCAUUUGUGUGGUUCUUUAUUAUCUCGAAUAUUGUGCAGACCGUUUAUUGUCUUGCCUGGGAUAUGAUUAUGGAUUUUGGUGUGUUCAAAAAGUUUAGUGGAGAAAAUAUAUUUUUGAGAGACCAAUUGCUCUAUUCAACGAGUUUCUAUUACUUUGCAAUAAUUGAGAACUUCUUAUGCCGUAUAUUUUGGGCACUUAAACUUUAUAUAUAUCAGCAGGACUUUUUGACGGUAUUCCAUAGCAAUACCAUCGCUAGUUUGCUGGAGAUGUUCAGACGAUAUAUUUGGAAUUACUUUCGCUUGGAGAAUGAGCAUCUCUUCAAUGCCGGCAAGUUUCGUGCUGUGCGCGAUAUUUUCGUAGAACCAAUCGACCCUGAUAAUGAAGUGAUACUGCAGCGCAUGAUGGAUGAGAUAGACGGCACAACUAAUCGGUCAUCAAAUACGAGUGGCGAUGUUAUUGACAUGAAGGAAGACUGAGGCAGACUAAGAUUACUCAAUAUUGCAUAUAAACAACUUAAAAGUUGCAUAAUAAA